AUGCCUGCCCCCAAGCGUCCGAUCAGAAAACCCCGGGUCUCGCUGAGCUGCAUCGUCUGUCGGCGACGCAAGGUUCGCUGCGGACGCGAACAGCCAGAAUGCGCCAACUGCGUGCGCAUGCAAGAGACCUGCGUCUACCAGGCUAUGCGUCGUGACGAGUCGACGGGCCGUGUGCGACCAGCAUCACCCCAGGACCAUCCUGGCAGGUCCUCAGAGCCAACGGCGUGUCCCAUCCCAGCUCCCCUCCAACGGGGUCGUGGUCAUCUCAGUCUGCGCCGGGGUGGUCAGGUCCGAUACAUUGGCCCAACCUUUUGGGGCUUGGUUGCUGGAAAGGAGAGUCUGAGCGACGAUUUCUUUGACGAGAGUCGUCAUGUUCCCCCCGGUCUCCCCCUGCCCCAUAUCUCCUCUAUGAGCAUGCUUAACCUCCUCCGGUCCUUGCCCACUAAGCCCGUGAGCGAUGCUCUGCUCGAAUCGUUCUUCGGUGCCGUGUGGCCCCUGUCUCCUCUCCUGCAUCUGCCGUCCCUGCAGACCGACUACGACCGGUUCUGGGACUGGUGUCGGCACAGCGGGAGCGCAAUGCCCCCGGAAGAUCUCCGCGAGGACCCGUCCUGGUUCUGUCUUCUCUUUGCAGUCCUGUAUUGUGGCGCAUCGGCCGCGCCCGUCGCCAGCUGGACGGCCCCCAACCUCCAGGGCCUGCAGAAGGAGACGACCGUGAGCCAGCUCGAGCGCGCAUACACGACCUGCCUUUCUCUGUGCCGGCAUCUGGAGCAUCCGACAAUGCAUACGCUGGUGUCCACGUUGCUGACCGGCCCGUUUCGGGACCGUCCUUUUGAGCCGAUGCGUAAUCUGGUGCAGCGGAGCACCACCGUUCGCGUCGCCCAGCUGAUGGGCUUACAUCGGGGGGAUGCCUGGUCCGCGCUGAGCCCCGUGGACCAGGGAAUCCGACGGCGCGUCUGGUGGCACAUCGUCGGGCUCGAUGUGCAGUCGAGUAUCGCCACGGGGAUGGACCUCUGCUGCGGUCCUGAGGCCCUCGAGGCUGUGCGAAUGGUCGACGACGCUGCGGAUGAAGCUAUGAUAUAUGCCACCGGGCGCUCUCUGACGGCGCGCGUACAAGCCAGGCUCGUCGCGGAUCUGCAGAACCCGCAGGGUCCAACCAAAGACGGACGAGACGCGCUUGUCGCAGAUGCAACGCAGCUUCUGCAGAACCUUGACGCGUUGCUUGGCCGCGUUCCGACGCUGGGAAUCCCCGAAUCGAGCGACAUCUCAUCCCGGCUCGCUGGCGACGCAUCCCCACCGUUCACGCAUCCGCCAUGGUACACGGGCGAUGCGAGCCAGCCGACUGUCUUUGCAGCAUGGACGCGGAUCAUGCUGACUUUGUUGAAGUCUGAAGUGGCCAUCCUGUUGCGCAAAGCAUUCUUGGUCCCGCCGGACAGGACGAAUCCGCAGUCACGAACAUCAUGGAUGAGUCUAACAAGCGAGGGAGCCAACAGCAUAGCACAGCUCUGCCUGAAGUAUCUGCGUGUCUACCUGCAGCUCUCCCAAACACCCGCGUUCUCUCCCUACGCCUGGUUCUGCUGCAGCCAUCAUGGCCCUCUACAGUGUGUAUUCAUCAUUCUAACGUACCUGACUUCCUUCUCGGACUCAGAAGAUGCUUUGCUGUUUCUUUCCUGCGUCGAUGAGACUCUACAUCACUUCAAGACUCAUUGCCAAAUCCCAGGCUCCUCGCCACCGACGAACGAGGGUAAGAUGCGGGUGCCUUCAGCUAUCCAGGUCUUGGUGGAACUUCGCGAGCGUCUCGACUCUUCUCUCGGGGUUCACAGUGCCCCCUCUAGCACUACAGGCCUACUAGUGACUGCCAACAUCAAGGCAGGGCCGCCGAAAAGCGCGUGGAUGGCUGAGGGUGACUCUGGCCUAGACAUGAGCCCUCUCGCCCCUCUUUUGGACCUCGAGGCCUGGGCGUCGUCCUUGAUCAUGGGGUCUGAUAGUAUCCUAGGUCCCUUCUGA